UGCCCUGGUCACCGUCACCCUGUCCCAGGGCCCGGCCGCCACCGCCCUUCUCUGGGACGACAGUGGUUCCUGGUUCCUGGCCCGGCUCCAUGCACCCCUGCGGUCCCCUCUCCCCAUGACAGCCACACUCGGGUCACUCUCUGUGCCUCCUGCUGCCUCCUACCAGCUGCUUCUCGCCUUCUAGGAACAAGGGCCGUUCUGUUCCGGCGGAGCCCCAGCAGCAGCCUCGGCGGGUGAAAGCUCUUCCUGCCCAGGGAGGAGGGAACCUACCCGGGGGGCCACCGCAGCCUCCGCCCAGAUCGACCUCACCUAGUGAGGAGCUGCUUUAGAAACUGGACGGAAGACAUUGUGUGACUUGUGCUGACAUUACAGAGUUGCCGAAGGAGCCGGCCAAAUGCGGACCCUUGAAGAGCGUGAGCCCUUGUGAGGAGUUCUGGAAGCCGAUUCAGGAGGAAGCCCGAGGAACAGAAAUCAAACAAAAGCUCUAGAACAUAAAAUUUAAAAUGUCUACUCCUAGACCCUGGGCUGCUCCUAAGACAAGAGAAACUCGGCUGAUGGUCAACGCCGAUCAAAGGGAAGAGGUUAGGGGCUCUUCCUUGGAAUCAGCUGCCCAUCCACCCCAAGCCCAGGAGGGAUCUCAGCAGCCCCUUCCCAGGGGUCUUCUUCCUCGGCUCACGGAGUGGGGAGGAAUGCAGGAGCAGCAAGACGCCAUGGAGAGGGGAGUCCAAGGCCAGGACAAGACCAGGAUUACUUGUAAACCAGAAGAGAAGGAUUCCCCAAGUAAAGUAUACCUUCGCCGCUUGCAUCAGAUGUAUUUAUCUUCGCUUGCUAACAUGGACUUCUCCAGGAGACUCCUGGAGAGGAACGGCUGGUUUGCAGAUGUGGACCCAGAGAGCAGAGCCGGAGAUCUGCUGGAUUACACACUCCCACGUGGACAUGGGCUGCGUGCAGUGCGGCCGGAGCCCAGCGCCAGGAGGACGGGGGACACAGGGCCACCUAGACGGCCGCCCACAGCACGGCCCCCGCUCCGCUUCCUGAAAGGCGACAGCCCAGCUGGAAAAAUGGAAGAUCCCAGCCGGAAGACCAGAGGACACCCAGCAGCCCAGUGUGAAAUGAUUAAGCUUCCAGAACACAAGAAGAGGAAACCUGCUCCUCCCAGGAUGACCCCAGUACCUCUGACUCUGGAACAAGCAAUUCAGACUCACCAUGUUGUGGAGGCCAGGACAACAAGACGAUAUUGGACCAACUAUGUGGACCCGGAAUGAGACUCACAUCCUGUCAUGAUGGGAAGGAUGAAGAAAUGCUGAAACUCUCAGAGAAACGAUUAAAUGGCAGAUUUCUGUUUCCUUAGUUCGAAGUUAUGACAGACAACAACAGCAUCGUCAACUAAAUCAUAGACUCAUGGUAAACGUGACAUUGUUCAUACGGAAACACAGAACCGUGACUGAGAACAGACAGGAGGAAGAGUCGGCAGAACGUGCCUCACCGGAGUCAAGACCGUGGAAGUUAACAGAUGGAGAAAAUACAUAAGCAUGAUGUAUGUGGUUAAAUUUCAGAAAGAAUUUUUAAAUUACGGGUCAGCAUUAGGAGACUCUUAAAAUGAAUCAAAGAUGUUUGAGAAAGAAUGAAAUAGAGCUUUCAGAGUUGAAAAUUAAUAAAUAAAUUAAUUAAUAUUGAGGGGGUUGAAGAAUACAUUAGACAUGCCCAAGGAUAGAAUUAUUGAACUAUAAAGAUGAGGAUGGAUUUUCCAAACUAGCGCACAGGGGAAUAAGCAGUGGGGUGCAUAACAGGUUAAAGGAAACAGAGGCUCUAGGAGGAAAAUCCAGCAUACAUUUCAUGACAGCUGGUAGUAGGAACAAUCGAGAGAGAAAAGUAUCAAUGAGAGAAUUUGAGAAUUCCAGAAUUGAUGAAAGGAACCAAUCCUCAGGUGCAGGUGUCCCAAGGAACCACAAAGGCAACAAACACAAGGAACAGCAGACGGAAAAGGACAUUGUUUAAAGAAGCGGGAGAGAAAGGACAGGUCAGCACAGGGAAAUGACAGUGAGAAAAGCACAGGACAUUCAAUAGUAACAUUGAAUAAAUUCUUAUAAAUUAUUUUAGUGAGAAGAAGUAGAAUAUUUAAAUAGGCUUAGCUAUUAAGUCAAUUAAGGAUAUAAUUUCAACACCAUCUAACAGAGAGAAUGAGAAAAUUCUAGGCCUGUAUGAUUUUACUGGUAAGUUCUCUGAAUACUUAAGUAAGGAAUAAUGUCACCAUUCCUGUGCGCUCUCCAGAAAACGGGAGAGGAAGGCAUAUGUCCCGGCUCUUUCUGUGAACCCAGAGUAACCUAGAAGGCUGAUCUCAUUCAGGCGUGCAGCUGUCAAGGUCCUCAGCAAAAUAUUGACCAAUUAACCCACUAAUGUGGAGUUCAUUUCAAUAACUUCUUCUGUAAUAAAAAUUAUUACAAUUGAUAGGUAAGAAGGAAAUUACUCAACUUGUUAGUGUACUUAAAAAUAUAUUUGUUAAAAACAUGUACUUAAUGGUGAGAUAGUGAAACCUCUCUUUGCGAAGCUGGGAACAACAGAAGGAUACUUGUUCUUCUCAUUUCUAGUCAAGACUGGUCUGGAAGUUUGACCAGUACUAUAAGCAAGAAAAAGGAAGAGAAGCUAGAAUGUUUACAAGAGAUAUAAAACUAUGUUUUGUAAUAGAAAAAUCCCGAAGAACACAGAAAAACAAGAAGAUAUCAUACAUUUCUGGAAAAUGCUUAACUUUGAAAGGGAGAGAGAGACUCUUGAUGGGGCAGGAGCGUGGAUGCUGGAAAUGGGCUAUUUCUUGACCUCACUGGUGGUUACUGUUUGCUUUACAAUGAGAUUAUGAGAUUUAUAUGAAAUUUUAUAAUGAGAUGAAGGGUCUACAUAAAAACUAUAAAAAUUUUAUUAUUUUCUAAAAUAAUUUUUUUUAAAGAUUACAUUUAGGGUAGCAAUAAAAGUUAAUUACCUGGGAGUUAAUUUGGAAAAAGUGUGUGUGAGCCCUUUGUGAAAAAAAGCAUAAAACGUCUUUGAGAGACAUUUAAAAAGAUCUAUGUGAAAGGAGCCAUGAUGCUUUAGAAUAGAAAUACCACAUAUUUAAAUGGUGUGAGUUCUCCUCAAUCUGGUUUUUAGAUUUAAUGCAAUUUCAGUAAUUUUUCAUGGAAUUUGACAAACUAAUUCUGAAGUUUGUGUGGAAGAGCUACUGGUUGGAACAGGUGGGUCACACUGAGAACAGAAGAUAGUAAAGUUGGGCCUGUUCUGUAAGACCUCAGGCCCUGAUUUCAAGUUCUACAGCAACUUAAAUGGACGUUUAUUGGUUCAAGGUGGAUAAAAGCAUCUGUGAACUAGAAUAGAGAGCUCAGCAUAAAAAGUCAGACUCCAAAAUCAUGUGCAGAACGGAAACUAUCAUGGUAGAUUUGUUGCCGAUCUUUGGUGAGACCGUGGAUGGUUUAGCCAAUGGUGCUUGGACGGUUGGUUUUCUCCAUUGAGAAUGGAUCUCCGUCUCAUCUCAUGCACAACAGUCCAAUUCUAUGUGGGUCAAAGUCCUAGAUGUAAAAGAGAGGACUAUGGAACUUUAAGCAUAUGGGAGACUAUCUUGGGGGUAGGAAGGGCUCUCUUAAAGGUGCAAAGACUGUAAAAUGGAAAGAACAGUGUGAUAAAUUCGACCAUGUGGACGUGGGGAUUUUUUCUUUCACUAAAAGACAUCGUCAAGGACAGGAGCAGCCUAGUCACAGAGUGGGAGAAUGUUUGCUCUUAGUAAAAUCGGCAAAUGAUUGGUACCGGCAUUUAAAGAAUACUACCAUACUUGAAUUUAACAAAGAAGAUUCAACAAGAUACUCAAAAUCCUUAGUAAUCAGGAAAAUGCAAUUUGAAACCAUAACAUUCUUUUUCUACCUAACAGAUGGGGAAAAUGAUAAGAUCUAACAAUAUCCACUAUUGGGCAAGCUACAAACUGAGUGGAAACUCACUUCCUGUACGUGGUAUAUACAGUUGGUGUAACGUCUUUGGACAACAAUUCAGAUAUUCUAGAAACACUGAAGGAAGACAUUACCCGGAAAUUCCUUUUUUAGGCUUAUAACCCAGCUGUGCACAUGCCUGCACCACGGCAUCAAAAGACACAUAGAAGAAUUUUCUCAUGAACUCAUGAGACCAACAGGGAAAUCUGAACACUGACUAGAUUUUUUUAAAAAGACUUAUUUAUAUUUAUUUUAGAGAGAGAGAGCAUAAGCAGGAGGGGCAGAGGGAGAGGGGGAGAAAGUGAAUCUCAAGCAGACUCCGUGCUGAGCAGAGCCCAACACGGGGCUCGAUCUCAGGACCCCGAGAUCAUGACCUGAUCUGAAACCAAAAGUUGGAUGCUUAACUACACCAUUCAGGUGCCCCAAACACUGACUAGGUUUUUGAUGAUAUUAAGGAAUUCUUUUUUAGGUUUGAGAAUGGUAUUAGGGUUAGUUUUAACCAAAAGCCCCCCUAUCUUUCAGGGAUACACACUGCAAUGCUUCUUUUAUGGAGGCAGAUCUGAGUGAGCUGUAGGUGGAGCUGAGUGAGUGAUGGGGUGACGGGUCCGAUGAAACAGGAACCCCCACAAGUGUGUCUUGUUGAUGCUGGGUUGUGAAUCCAUGAAGGUUCACCGUCAGAUUUACUCUCUGGGCAUCUGCUGAGCUGGUUUGCUCAGCCUCAGGGCUGGUGCUCAUCUCCACACCGUCACUGGUAACAUGUUAGAGCCAAGAGAGCCACAUACCUGGGCCCAGAUAGUCUUCUGCCCACGUGAGCUGAUCUGCCCCAUUUCCUUUCCUCGGCUUCUCGUGGUGUGUCUCUGGUUGAUUCGCUGAACCCUGUCAUUUGAGUCUCUUCAUUUGGUCUGUGAAGCCUCCCGCUCCGAGAUUUCAGCAACAGCCUUCUUGGCCAUGAGCUUGAAGGCUGUCUCUGUAGAGGGUCAUUGCCCAGUGUGCCAGCACGGAGCCCUGCCGUCCAGAAGUGUCUGGGGCUAGGGACAGACAUGGAAGACGAGUUUAUUUUGACUGUUGUGUUGAAAACAGAUUAUAGGGGCAAGAUGCUCCUGUACGGGUAAACUGAUAAGGAAGCCAAAUGCACGUAAAGAAUUUGCUAGAUUGGAUCUAGUAUUUUAAGCCAAGGAUUAUGGCAAAUAGGUGAUCAGUGGUUAAAUAUGUUUGUUGCAUUUUUUGUAACAGGCGGUGUUUGUGUGAGCGUUCUUUAUGCGGACACCGCUCUGCUCCUCGCGGUCCUGUAGACCUCAGUCUCCUGUAGGUCCGGUAACCGAAGUGCUCGUUGUCCAAAGACUUAAGGAACAAACUGUGACCCUGUGUUGGGCACGGAGCCCAUCGAUUUUCGGAGGCCCUUUGCCACCUCGGCGCAUAACUGGAAAUGAAACUGAUUCCGAACGGCAUCUUGUUAGCCUCCCCAGGCCUUUCCUCGGAACCCGCGUAUCUGCGUUAUAAAUGGUGACAGAAGCUCGGGCUACGGGCUACAGGUGUCAAACGAUUUUCUCACUUGGAGGCCAUAAUUUACCUGAUCUUUAAUCCCAUUCUCUGGCCAACGGAUGACUCACAUUGUUGCCCGUUGUAAAAAAAUAACAAAAUUCCCACAUAUUGGAGUUUUAACUGGGUUUUUAAAUUUUAACACAGUUUUGUUUUGUCCCAAACACGAGAAACCCACGACGGCCUCUCGCCUGCACUCACACUGUGGCGGAGAGGUCUGUAUGCGUUUCCUUCAGUCUCACCGACCCCUCCCACACCCCGUGAAGAGGAGCUCGUAGUGGCGCUUGCCAAGCCUUCCUCUGGGGUCAGGACGGUGGCUGGAGGUAGGCGGCAAGUGGACAAGCGUUGACUGAGUUAGUAAAAGAUGAGGAACAUGAGUCUUCCCGCUCCGUUUUGGAGUCACUGUGGUCCUCUGGCACGACUGGAGCCCUCCCUGCCUGACCCGGGGGCUCCUUCCCCUCCCAGAUCUACAUUAACUUUACGACGGACAGUUUUGGGAGGGGGAGGAGAGCAGCACGGAUGCUGCGGGCUUCUGCAGAACGGUGACGAGGAGAAGGCAUUGGCUUGUGAACUUCCCUCUGGUUUCCAACCUCUCUGCCUGGGUGGCAAGUUGUUUAACGGAUGAGGCUUUUGCUCUUCACCUCCGAGCCUAU